AUGUUGUUAGACAAAGGAGUAGAUUACAAUCAAUGUAACAAAGAUCGGUGGUCACCUAUGAUGACUGCUUGUAGCAAUGGUAAUGCAGAUAUAGUCAAUGUUUUGUUAAAUAAGGGAGCCGAUUACAAUACAUGUCACAAUAAUGGUUGGUCUCCUGUAAUGAUGGCUUGUGAAAAUGGGCAUUCAGAAAUAUUAAAAAUGUUUAUAGACAAGAAUGUUGAUUAUAAUAAAUGUAACAAAGAUGGGUGGUCUCCUAUGAUGACUGCUUGUAGCAAUGGUAAUGCAGAUGUAGUAAAUGUAUUGUUAAACGCAGGAGCCGAUUACAACAAAUGUCACAAUAACGGUUGGUCUUCUGUCAUGAUGGCUUGUGUAUAUGGGCAUUCAAAAAUAGUAAAAAUCUUUUUAGAAAACGGCGUUGAUUUCGAUAAACUUGACAGGAACAAGAUUUCACCCUUAAUGACUGCUUGUUACCAUGGACACACAGAUAUUGUUAGGAUGUUGUUAGUCGCAGAAGUGGAGUAUGACGAGUUAAACAAUUAUAAGUGGUCACCUUUGUUGUCUGCUUGUACAAAAGGACAUACAGAAAUAGUUGGGAUGUUGUUAGACAAAGGAGCAGUUUGCAAAAACUAUUCACAGAUUGGACAGUCAGCUAUACAAAUGGCAAUAAGACAUGGGCAUACGGGUAUAUUGAUAAUGUUGUUAGACCAGGGAGCCAUUUAUGAUAAUUGGUCAUCUUUGACGUAUGCUUGUGCAUAUGGAAAUAUUAAGAUAGUGAUAAAGUUGUUAAACAAAGGAACAGAAAUUGAUGAAUUUAAUGAUGAUGGUCAAUCACCUUUAACUGUAGCCUGUACAUUUGGACGAAUAGAUAUAGUAAGGAUAUUGCUGGAAAGGGGAGCAAAUUGUAAUAGAUGUAAUAAUGAUGCAUGUUCACCUUUAAUGUAUGCCUGUGCUAAAAGAUACAAAGAAAUUGUAAGGCUGUUGUUAGAUAGUGGAGCAGAUUGUAAUAUAUGGAAUAGAGAUCUGUGGUCACCUUUAAUGCUUGCAUGUACAAAUGGAUUCACAGAUAUAGUAAUGAUGUUGUUAGAUAAAGGGGCAGAUUGUAAUGAUUGUUAUAACUAUUGGUGGUUACCUCUCAUUACGUCCUGUUAUCACCGAUACAAUGAUGUAGUAAGAAGGGUGUUGGAUAUUGGGGCAGAUUAUAAUACAUGUGAUCAAGAUGUAGUGUCACCUUUAAUGCUUGCCUGUGAUAACGGGUACACAGAUAUAGUAAGGAUGUUGUUAGAUAGUGGAGCAGGUUGUAAUAAAUGUAACAACAAAGGGAGGUCACCUUUAAUGUUUGCAUGUGGUAGAGAAAUCCCAGAACUAAUAAAGAUGAUGUUAGAUUUUGGAGCAGAUUAUUAUAAAUGUAACAAAGAUGAGAAGUCACCUUUAAUGAUUGCCUUUAAUAAUGAAUGCACAGAGAUAGUAAGGAUGUUAUUAAAAGGGGGGCAGAUUGUAAUAAAUGUGAUAAAGAUGGGUGGUCACCUUUAA